CACUAAUUUCACCCAGGAUGAAUUUAUAAAAAAAAUUUUUGUUUCCCUGAUAGUUUUAACAAUGGCAGACAGGUUUGAAAACCUUGAGGAGCAGUUGGAAAGAUUUAUAGAAAAUACAAGACAGCUGGGAAUUAUUGUCAGUGAUUUCCAACCGCAGGGACAGAAUGCUCUGAAUCAAAAAUUACAGACAAUGGUACAAGGGUUACAGGAGAUAGACAAGAUGAAAUCACAGAUGCAAGAUGUUCAUGUUCCUCUUGAAGUAUUUGAGUAUAUUGACCAAGGCAAAAAUCCCAACUUGUACACAAAACAUUGUUUAGAGAAAGCUCUAGGGAAAAAUGAACAAGUGAAGGGAAAAAUUGAUGCAUUCAAGAAGUUCAAGGCGUUGUUGGUUCUAGAGUUGAGUGAUGUGUUUCCGAAGGAGAUGGCAAACUAUCGAGCAAUGCGAGGUGAUGACAGACCUACCUGAGAUACCAUUUUACUUUCAUGUUGAUGACCAGUGCAAUAUAGACAAAAAUAAACAUGGAAAUACACUUCCAGGAGCUGUCUCUUAAAUCCAAUUGUUCUCGAAAUUGAGUAGAUGAAAUGUGAAAUAUACAGAUUUGAAGUAUAAGUUAUACAUGUGUAAUUAGACAUUUUCUUGAGUGAGACUCUCAGAGAAACGUUUUUGUGUACUUGAAGUAAAGAUAAACUGUUUUCAUUCAUAAUAUUGUAGAUACUCAAUACUGAGAAAUUAUGUUAUCAACAUUCUGUUGUAUUUUAAUGUGAAUUUUAAUGUAGGAUUCAAUAUGUUUUCACAAAUCUAAAGAUUGCAGUGCAAAACUGUACUGAGUCAUGUUAAAUUGAAUAGAGGAUAUUGAAUGAGAGUAGGUUCAGUACUGAAUUUAUUGAACAAAUUGUAUAAAGUUACAUGUAUAUUAUAUAAGUGUCUGGCAAGCAUAUUAUUGUUUUAUUGAGUUAUUUCAAUAUUUAUUAAUGAAGCUACCAUAAUAUGAUACAAUGAUAUAAUAUUUACUGCAUACAUUAGAUAAGAACUGUUAACAGCAACAAUGGAUAUGUUUUGCAUUGACAUGCUCAUAGUGUAAUGAAUACAUUUAAGGCAUUUAAAAGCUUUGUUUUUAUAAUGCAAGUGAUAUCACAUCAAAAUAUAAUUCUAACCGACCCGCAUUUUGCCCUAUUGAACAUAGAAGAACCGAAAGUGUGUGUUAUUAUGCUAUAAAAUCACUGUUUGACGUUCUAUAUUUAGACAUGUGACGUAAUCAUUAUACACGUGACGUAACCACUAAAAAUGUGACGCGCUGACAAUAAGUACCGAAACAAAUCAGGAGCAAUUUAGCUAAUUAUCAGGUACGGCAGCAUUUAUUUGUUGGCGUCGUGUUAGAAUCGAAAUAAUAUAUCCAAAUCGGUGAUUUUAUUGCUUGAUAACAUCACUGCUUGUUGAGCAAUAAACUCACAGUUUGGGAUAUAUUAUUUCUUAAUCAAUAUAUGCACAGUAGUGCAAUACCAUUAUUUAGGGAGUUGCAAAAAGUGGUACAUGUAUGUGGUAAAAUAUAGUUGUUGUGAAGAUAGUAAGAGUCAGCUGAAAUAGUAUUGUAUAUCAUGUUAUUAUAAUUACAAUUUACUAAAUGAUUAAGUACCCAAGAAAUCGGUAUUCUGUUGAAUUAUAAUAGCUCAUAAUUUAAUAAGAUUUUCAAAGAAAUUUAUACUACAAUGGUACGAGUGUAUAUAUUAAAGACUGUUAAAAUGAUAAACUUUUAAUCAAGCUUUACAUUAGGGGAACCAAACUGAUAAAUCUUUGCCACUGGUAAAGUGUCAGGCCAACCAGCACAUCCAUGUAGGCUGACAGGACUCAAUACUUUCAGCUGACUUUAAAUUUUUUAUCUUGAUGUCUCUAACAUUCAUAGUUCAAAAAAUAAAAAGGCUGAGCAAGUCUAUAUUGAAAGCAGUUAUAAAAUUGAAAAGUGAAGAAAAGUAAGAUGUUAGGUAAUAACUGGUUUCUAUAUUUUCAGUGUGUAUGUUGGGGCUAAUGUUGUGAACGCAUUAUUGCAAAAUGUAAUUUAUACAAUGAAUAUAAGAUCUACUGUUAAUCAUACAAAUGUAGAAUUAAUUUGACAUAUCUAUAAAAUGUGAAUAUGUAUUGUUCUUCUUUUUAGCUCACCUGUCACAAAGUGACAGGGUGAGCUUUUGUGAUCGCUUUUCGUCCGGCGUCCGUCCGUCCGGCGUCCGGCGUCCGUCCGUAAACUUUUGCUUUAAAUGACAUCUCCUCAUAAACCACUGAGCCAAUUUCAUCCAAACUUCACAGGAAUGUUCCUUUGGUGGUCACCUUUAAAAAUUGUUCAAAGAAUUUAAUUCCAUGCAGAACUCUGGUUGCCAUGGCAACCAAAAGAAAAAUCUUUAAAUAUCUUCUUUAAAACAACCCUAAGAGCUAGAUCUUAGAUAUUUGGCAUGAAACAUCUUCUAGUGAGUGUCUACCAAGUUUAUUCAAAUAAAAGCCCUGGGGUCAAAAUUGGCCCCGCCCCAGGGGGUCAUUGAUUUUCCCUAUAUGCAUAUAGUAAAUACUUAAAAAAUCUUCUUUUAAAGAACCCAAAGAGCUAGAGCUAAGAUAUUUGGCAUGAAACAUCUUCUAGUGAAUGUCUACCAAGUUUGUUCAAAUAAAAGCCCUGGGGUCAAAAUUGGCCCCGCCCCGGGGGUCAUUGAUUUUCCCUAUAUGCAUAUAGUAAAAACUUUAAAAAUCUUCUUUUAAAGAACCGUAAGAGCUAGAGCUUAGAUAUUUGGCAUGAAACAUCUUCUAGUGAAUUUCUACCAAGUUUGUUCAAAUAAAAGCCCUGGGGUCAAAAUUGGCCCCGCCCCAGGGGGUCAUUGAUUUUCCCUAUAUGCAUAUAGUAAAAACUUAAAAAAUCUUCUUUUAAAGAACCCAAAGAGCUAGAGCUAAGAUUUUAAGCAUGAAACAUCUUCUAGUGAGUGUCUACCAAGUUUGUUCAAAUUAAAGCCCUGGGGUCAAAAUUGGCCCCGCCCCUGGGGGUCAUUGAUUUUCCCUAUAUGCAUAUAGUAAUUAAAAACUUAAAAAAUCUUCUUUUAAAGAACCAUAAGAGCUAGAGCUUAGAUAUUUGGCAUGAAACGUCUUCUAGUGAAUGUCUACCAAGUUUGUUCAAAUAAAAGCCCUGGGGUCAAAAUUGACCCCGCCCCAGGGGGUCAUAGAUUUUCCCUAUAUGCAUAUAGUAAAAACUUAAAAAAUCUUCUUUUAAAGAACCCAAAGAGCUAGAGCUAAGAUAUUUAGCAUGAAACAUCUUUAAGUAGAUAUCUACAAAGUUUGUUCAAAUAAAAGCCCUGGGGUCAAAACUGGCCCUGCCCCAGGGGUGUCAUUGUUUUUAACUAUAUGUGUAAAGUAAAAACUUUAAAAAUCUUCUUUUAAAAAACCCAAUGAGCUAGAACUUAGAUGUUUAACAUGAAACAUCUUCUUAUGGGUGUCUACCACGUCUGUUCAAAUAAACAAAUAAAAGCCCUUGGGUAAAAAUUGGCCUGGGGGUGGGGGGGGCCUAUAUACAGGUUAGCGACCUCAGGGCCAUCAUGGCCCUCUUGUUUAAUAAAACUGUGGAAAGCACAGCCAUGCACAAGAAAACGUUUCUGCCACAUGAUCAUACAUAAAUGAAUUAUAUAUUGUUAUGUAAAUAAAACAACUCAGCCGAAAUUGAAUUGGUUAACUUGCAUAUCCCAACCCACCAUAUUAAUUGUGUGAAAGUUUAUCUUAGAACUAUCCUUACAAUUUUAUUUAAAAAUGACAAGAACUAUCCUUUACAUUUUUUUAGAAUUGUCCUUACAAUUUUGAACUUUCAUUUACAUUUUAUUUUAGAAUAUCCAAUGAGAUUUCCAGAUUUCAGUUUGUAAUUUUAAAAUGACAAAUGAAAAUUCUUCUUAUAAUCAGUUCUUCGUGUAAAUUUUACUGGAAGUCAAACUGCGGCUUUAGAGCGAAAAA